GAGAGACAGCAUGCGAGUGUGGCAAUGUGCGGUGAUUGUGCUGCUACUAGGCCUAGCUGAGUGCCACGCAACACACAGUACAGAGGCGGAGGUCAGUGAGACACAGCAUGCCACGUGUCACAUUGUCACUGACAAGCUGGUCGCCUCAGCAACUGCAACAUUCACUCACGCUCUUACAGGAGUGUGUUCCAACAAGGAUUUAGAUAAACAUUUCCAAACCCUCAGGAAAGAAUUUUAUAGCCAAAUAAACCAAAUGUACUUAGUUAUGUUGAAAACAUCACAGAAACUGGCAAAUAUACAAGAAGUUUUAAAUCAGAACAAUAAACACAGCUCAACACUAAGACAGGUUCAGAAGACUAGUCCGAGAGGAUUUGAAUUUAAAGAAAAUAAUUACACAGUACACGAGGAUAAUGUGACUGGUAAAAAAGUGUUUUCCUACUAUUGGAAAAUUGGGGAAAUGCAAAACAACAUGAUGAUGAACAUAAAACAGCAAACUUUACGCAGUCCUGGGUUCUAUGUGAACGGAGGUUACAGAAUGUACAUUAAAAUGUUCCCUCAUCAAGACAAGGGCAAUAUUUACAUUCAUGUGGGCCUCGCACAAGGCGAACACGAUGAUGAACUGAAUUGGCCAUUCACUUUGAAACACAGAGUGACUAUUGUAGACCAGAGUGUAGAUACACCAGAGGAUAUAAUGUCUCAGAUAUGGGAUCCAAGAGUAAUCUGCAGCACUUCAGACUGGCACAGACCUACCUCUACAGAGGACAAUGAGGAGUGUGUUGGCUUUGGCUUUACACAGGACACACUCUUACACAACAGUUAUAUUUAUGAGGACUCCUUAGUUGUAAAAUUAGAUGUGUUUAUAUAGUCAUAUGACAAAAACAGUUUUGUUUUAAAAUGUAUUAUAUUUAUAAAGCCAAAAUUCUGUUCAUUUCAAACUAAAAUGUAUUAUAUUUAU